AGAGCUCAGAGGAGCAGGGAGAAACCUCCGCCACUCCACACCACCUCGCUCCACCGCUGCCCUGCGAUCCGGAACAAGAGGAAAAGCACCGCAGAAUUUUAAAUCUCCUCCCGUCUUAAUAAGCCCGGUGAUGUGAGCGCUCUGGAGUGUGAGCCGGGCGAACCCCUCUCACAGAGCAUGCCUCUGAGCCCGUCCGCCCGCAAACAUGAGCCUCCGGAGCAGCACUGCGCUACCAACGGCAACCAGGGCGACUCGGACAGCUCCCGGGAGGACGGCGUGUACGACACCAUCCGGCCCUCCGCCCCCGCCCCCGCCCCCGCUCCCGACAUGGAGCAGCCCCGGACCGGUGUUUCUGUCAUCCGCAUCGGCAUCCCCGACCUGCAGCAGACCAAAUGCAUGAAGUUCCACACGGAGGCGCCCGUCUGGGUCUCCAAGCAGCGCAUCCUCUGCAGCCUCAACCAGAGCCUGAAGGAUGUGCUCAACUACGGCCUGUUCCAGCCCGCCCACAACGGCAAGGCCGGCAAGUUCCUGGACGAGGAGCGGCUUCUCAAGGAGUACCCCCUGCCCGUGGUCGCCCCCGUCCCGUAUCUGGAGUUUCGCUACAAGAGGCGGGUCUACACCCAGACCCACCUGGAGGACCGGCAGCUGGCCAAGCUCCACACCAAGGCUAACUUGAAGAAGUUUAUGGAGUAUGUCCAGCAGAGACACGUGGAGAAAGUGGCCAGGCUGCUAGAGAAGGGGCUCGAUCCCAACUACCACGACCCGGACACAGGAGAAUGCCCUCUGACCAUGGCGGCCCAGCUGGAGGGAUGUGCAGAGCUGAUAAAGGUGCUGAAGAGCGGCGGAGCCCAUCUGGACUUCAGGACCAGAGACGGGAUCACCGCCCUGCACAGAGCCGUCAGGACCAAGAACCACACCGCCCUCAUCACGCUGUUGGACCUGGGCGCCUCCCCGGACUACAAGGACAGCCGGGGCCUGAGCCCCCUGUACCACAGCUCCAUGGUGGGGGGCGACCCCUACUGCUGUGAGCUGCUGCUGCACGACCACGCCCAGGUGGGCUGCAUGGAUGAGAACGGCUGGCAGGAGAUCCACCAGGCCUGUCGCCACGGGCACGUGCAGCAUCUGGAGCACCUCCUGUUCUACGGGGCGGACAUGAGUGCGCAGAACGCCUCGGGGAACACAGCCCUGCACGUCUGCGCCCUCUACAACCAGGAUAGCUGUGCACGGGUUCUGCUGUUUCGAGGGGCCAAUAAGGAGAUCAAGAACUACAACUGUCAAACGGCAUUCCAGGUGGCGAUUAUUGCUGGGAAUUUCGAUCUGGCGGAAAUAAUAAAGACUCACAAACCGUCAGAUGUUGUGCCUUUCAGGGAGACCCCCUCCUACACAAACCGGCGUCGCGGUGCCCCGGGGGGCGGCACCCUGUCCUCCCCACGCUCGCUGCUGCGCUCCGCCAGCGACAACAACCUGGCCCCCUCGCCCUCCCCCUCGCCCUCGCCCUCCGCCGUGCCCUCCGCCUCCCCCGUGCCCUCCCUGCGCAGCCUGCCCCCGCUGGGCGCCCCCGGCGACAGCCUCCAGAGCACCGGCAGCUCCCGGGGGUCCCACUCCCGCUCGCCCUCGCUGCACCGCGUCCCCGAGGAGAGCGAGAGGCUCAGCCUGCGCAGGCAUGGCCGCGGACGCCUCAGCCCCAGCGCGCUGCAGCGGGACCCCAGCCCCCCUCCGCAGACGCCGCCGGCGGCCCCCGCCGGCCCCCGGGGGCCCAAGAGGAAGCUGUACAGCGCCGUCCCCGGGCGCACCUUCAUCGUGGUGAAGCCCUACGCGCCGCAGGGCGACGGCGAGAUCCAGCUCAACCGCGGGGAGAGAGUGAAGGUGCUGAGCAUCGGGGAGGGGGGAUUCUGGGAAGGCUCGGUGAAGGGCCGCACUGGCUGGUUCCCGGCGGACUGCGUGGAGGAGGUGCAGAUGAGGCAGUACGACCCACGGCUCGAGACGCGAGAGGACCGGACCAAGAGACUGUUCAGACACUACACCGUGGGAUCCUACGACAACUUCACCUCGUACAGUGAUUACAUCAUCGAGGAGAAGAGUGCCAUGCUGCAGAAGAAGGAGAGCGAGGGCUUUGGGUUCGUGCUCCGCGGGGCCAAAGCGGAGACGCCCAUCGAGGAGUUCACCCCCACCCCGGCCUUCCCCGCGCUGCAGUACCUGGAGUCUGUGGAUGUUGAGGGCGUGGCCUGGAGGGCGGGGCUCCGGACUGGAGACUUCCUCAUUGAGGUGAACGGGGUGAACGUGGUGAAGGUGGGGCACAAGCAGGUGGUCUCUCUGAUCCGCCAGGGGGGAAACCACCUCCUGAUGAAGGUGGUCUCCGUCACGCGCAAGCCCGAAUCCGAGGAGGUGGUCCGCAAGAAAGCUCCCCCGCCCCCCAAACGCGCGCCCAGCACCACCCUCACGCUGCGCUCCAAGUCCAUGACGGCCGAGCUGGAGGAGCUGGCAUCCGCUCGGAGGAGGAGAGGAGAGCGGCUGGACGAGAUGCUGGGCUCCCAGGAGCCCGUGCUGCGGCCGCAGGUGGCGGAGGCCGACUACCGCGCCGCCACCGUCAAGCAGAGGCCCACCAGCCGGAGGAUCACACCGGCGGAGAUCAGCUCUCUGUUUGAGCGCCAGGGGAUGGCCCUGCACGGUGUGCUGCCUCCAGGGUUUGACAAGGACCACAUACAGCUGCCAAAGGGGAUGUCCCGGACCAAGUCCUUCGGCUCCACGGAGGAGGACCGGCUGUCUGCGUUGGCGGGAGAGCCCCGCUUCCCCCGCAGCUCCUCCAUGACGGACAGCCUGAGAGAAGGCCAGAGCAUCCCUCCCCCUCCCCAAACGGCGCCGCCUCCCCCUCCCCCGUCCCCCUACCACUACCAGGACACGGGCCCGCCCCCGGCCUUCUGCCCGCCCCCGCCGCCCGGGCGGGGCCAGGAGCAGAGCCGCUCCAGCUUCAAGCCGGGCUCCGAGGCCAAGACGGCGGCGGGCGCGGCGGGCGAGCUGUACGAGGCGGCGGCGCGGCCCUCCGCCCACGCGGAGCGGCAGAAGAAGGCGCGCUCCAUGAUCAUCCUGCAGGACUCGGCCCACCUGCCCGUGGAGCCCACCGAGAUCCCGCGGCCGGGGCCCGCCUCCACGCCGCCGGAGAGGCUGAAGCGCAAGGGCCGCGGCGUGGACAACCCCUACGCCAACGUGGGCCAGUUCAGCAUGGGGCUGUACACGCCCGCCAAGCCGCAGCGCAAGAAGAGCCCGCUGGUCAAGCAGCUGCAGGUGGAGGACGCCGCGGAGCGGGCCGCCCUGGCACAGGCCCACGCCCGCGACCUCUCCCCCACCGGCCGGCUGCCCCACCUCAGCCGCGCCGACUUCCACCUGCAGCAGCAGCUGCUGCAGCAGCAGGGGCCCCAGGGCCCGUUCUCGGCGGUGAUCGCGGGGGCGGUGCGCGAGCGGGAGAAGCGCCUGCAGGACGGCAGGAAGUCGGCCGUGUUCCUGUCGGUGGGCGCGGGCGAGGCCGCGGCGGCCCCUCCGCCGGGCGAGGCCCCGUCGCUCACGCAGUCGCGCUCCGUGGACGAGCGGCUCCUCAGCCGCGAGCUGGGGCCCCUGCCCCCGCCCGCCCUGGUGCUGCAGCCCUCGCCCGGCGGCACCACCUUCAUCCACCCGCUCACCGGCCGGCCCCUGGACCCCAGCUCCCCGCUGGCGCUGGCGCUGGCCGCGAGGGAGCGGGCGCUGACGUCGCAGGGCCAGUCCCCCGCCGGGAGCCCGGAGCCCCGCGCCAAACACGAGCGUCCCGAGGCCGAGGGGCGCCUCACGCCCACGCCCUUCUCCCCCGAGGCCAGGCCGGGCUUCCAGCCGCUCGCCCCGCGCUGGGGCUCCCUGAGCGCGCUGCACGCCGAGGCCGAGGAGCGCAAGGGCGCCGUGCUGAGCGUGGUGGACACGGCGCAGCGCAAGACGGCCGGCCUGGUGGAGGUGCACGCCCUGAGCAACGGGCAGGCCGAGGAGGAGGCGGAGCCGCCCCGGGACCCGCCCCCGCCCGCCGAGCUCCCCCCGCCGCCUCCGGCCGAGGCCACGCCCGCCGACCCCGACGUCCCGCCCCCGGCCGCCGGCCCCCCGGGGGACGAGACGUCUCUGGAGCAGGGCAGCUCGGAGGAGAAGAGUCUGACGCAGGGCAGCUCGGAGGAGGACACGGAGACCUACGCCGCCGCGGCCCUCCCGCCCGCCCUGCUCUCCUCCAGCGACGAGGAGACGCGCGAGGAGCUGCGCAAGAUCGGCGUGGUGCCCCCGCCCGACGACUUCGCCAACGGGCUCAAGCCGCCGGACCCCGCCUCCGCCCCCGCCCCCGCCCCCGCGGCGGCAGAACACCCCCCUGCAGACGGGACACCCUCAGGGAAGCCCUCGGACGUCCCGCCGGCCCCAGAAUCGGCGGCCGACUCCGGGGUGGAGGAGGCGGACACCCGCAGCUCCAGCGACCACCACCUGGAGACCACGAGCACCGUCUCCACCGUCUCCAGCAUGUCCACGCUCUCGUCGGAGAGCGGCGAGCCCACCGACACCUACAGCUCGUACGCCGACGGGCAGACCUUCGUACUCGACAAGCCGCCAGUGCCUCCAAAGCCAAAGCUCAAGUCCCAGCUGGGCAAGGGGCCGGUGAGCUUCAGAGACCCCCUGCUGAAGCAGUCCUCGGACAGCGAGCUCCUCUCCCAGCAGCACGCGGCCAGCGGCCGCCCCCGCUACCUCUUCCAGAGACGCUCCAAGCUGUGGGGCGAGCCCCUGGAGCCGCGCCCGCCCCCGGGGCCCGAGGACGGCCGGCCCACUGUGAUCGGGGAGCUGAGCUCCAGGCUGCAGCAGCUCAACAAGGACACGCGCUCGCUGGGCGAGGAGCCCGUGGGCGGGGCCUCGCUCGACCCCGGGAGGAAGUCCCCGGUGUCGGGUGCCAGACUUUUCAGUAGUUUAGGGGAGCUCCACACCAUUUCCCAGAGGAGCUACGGAACCACGUACACCAUCCGGCCGGGCAGCCGGUACCCCGUGAGCCGGCGCUCCCCCAGCCCGGGCAAGGGCUCCCCGGACCGGACCGACCCGCUGGGGCCCCUCCGCGGGUUCGGCCUGGCCACGUCCCCCACCGGCACCCCCCCCACCAUCCUCAAGUCGUCCAGCCUCAGCAUCCCGCACGAGCCCAAGGAGGUGCGCUUCGUCAUGCGGAGCUCCAGCGCCCGGAGCCGGUCGCCGUCACCCUCGCCCGCGCCCUCGCCCGCCCUGUCCCCCCUGCUGGCCCUGCGGCCCUUCCACCAGAAGCCCCUGCAGCUCUGGAGCAAGUACGACGUGGGCGACUGGCUGGAGAGCAUCCACCUGGGCGAGCACCGCGCGCGCUUCCAGGACCACGAGAUCGAGGGCUCGCACCUGCCCGCCCUCACCAAGGACGACUUCGCCGAGCUGGGCGUGACCCGCGUGGGCCACCGCAUGAACAUCGAGCGCGCGCUCAAACAGCUGCUGGAGAGCUGA